AAAGCCAGCGCACUCCUCUGAACACGAGCAGCACACUUCACUUACACACUAGUGCUGAAUAUAUUCACAUCGACGAAACCAAGGACUAAACGUGGAUUAACUGCGCCGGUUUUUAUCAGAAUCAUCUCUUUUUCUUCUUCGGACUGAAUUGACAAGAAGACAGAAAAUGCGUCUCAUCCACAACAUGACGACCAUCGCGGAGUGUCCCGCACCUGAAUACUCGGUCACCAAUCGAAGCAUCAAAAUAGCUGUGAUAGGAGGCAGCGGCGUUGGCAAAACCGCGCUCGUGGUGAGAUUCUUGACGCGGCGGUUCAUCGGAGACUAUGAGAGAAAUGCUGGAAACCUCUAUUCCAGAGAAGUCCAGGUGGACGGAGAGCAGGUGACCAUCCAGGUUCAGGACACUCCUGGUGCAGAGAUGACAGAUAAUGGCAUCAGUCUACCCGAACACGUGACCUGCUCUAUCCAGUGGGCUGACGCCGUCGUGCUUGUAUACUCGGUCACUGAUCGGUGCAGCUUUGACCAGAUUGAGCAGCUGCACCAGCUGGUUGCACGUGCGAGCGGUGCCAAUAUGCCCCCCGUGAUCCUGCUGGCCAAUAAGUCAGACAUGGUGCACCUGAGGCGGGUCGACUCCCAGCAGGGCCCUCUGCUCGCGACCACUCUGGGCUGCUCUUUCUACGAAGUGUCAGCCAGCGAGGACUACAGCCAGGUGCAUGGUGCUUUCCACAGACUGUGCUGCCAGCUAUCCAAACAGCCACCUCCAGUCUCCAGCCCCUCAAACACCUCCACCAGCACCACCACGGAGAAGAGGCGCUCGCCACUCAUCCCCAGACCAAAAUCUCCCAAUAUGCAAGACCUGAAGCGGCGUUUCAAGCAAGUGCUGUCUGCAAAAGUCAGGACUGUUACGUCAGUGUGAGCUCCAGACGUUCGACGUGGCCCAGAGUGGCCACAGAAAGAAAGCUUUGAAGGGGGAAGAGAAAAGACAGCAGACAAAGUCUGUGCUUCUCCACUACUCUGUUCCAGUCUGGCAGACAAAGGCAGGGCUGAGGUUGAACAGUGGAAAGUUCUGGACAGUGACAGACGUGAUCACGUCGUGGUGAGCAAGUGUUCUGCAGAUACCGUGUAUGAAGAGAAGCUGUGAGGAGGUUCAUCGUCCACCGUGGACGAGAACAUUCGAACACCGGCACAGAGCAGCUGAGCGAGGCUGACGGAAGCCCAGACUCUUUCAUACUAAACCAAAAACUGUAAAUCAUGAUCUCCUGGCAACAGCAGCUCUGAAGGACUUUACUGCUUAUUUUUAGCUGCAGAAUCUUUUUUCUGAAUUCAGUGCCAUUUCAUUGUCCUGUCAAUGGUGUUAUACAAGCAUUCACAGCUUUUUGCAGCUGUGAGUGUGUGUUUGUGGUGUGUUGUAGUGGAUCAGCCAAUCAAGUAUGUAGCAUGUCAUUAUCACUGAGGCACUUUAACAAAGACGGAAUGGUCCAAAAGGGCUGUUAUUUGUUUGUUACAAAUUCACAUUUUUGUUCACAAUAAAUGA